GUGCCACAGUCAUCACGGUGCCGGUGCCACCACCGCACGCCGGCACCGCUGCUGCCACACCGCCCGCCGUGGCCAGCUGGGCUCUGGCACCCACAUCUCCCCCCGAGGGUACCGGUCGGGGGGCCAGGCUGAGGAGGGGGCGCUUCCAUCGGGACUCGCCAUGUCCGACAGCGGCUGGGUGGGCUCCUGGAGACCCCACCGCCCCCGAGGGCCCAUCUCCGCCCAGUACCACACCCCCGGCCCCAAGUAUGGGCUCCCCGGCAACGUCGGUUACAACCAACACGACCCCACGCGGAGCCGAGCCCCCGCCUACACGAUCGGGCUGCGGCUGAAGGCGGAGCAGGAGCACUGCUCCCCCGGCCCCCAGUACCUGGUGCGGCCCGGCUUCACCUGCCGCGGCAAGGACGGCAUCCCCGCGCACACCAUCUGUGCCAUGCUGAUGGCCAUCCGGCUGCGGGGCAUGGACGCGGGGGAGACGCUGGCCCUGACCCGGGCCAUGGCCGCCUCAGGCCGGGCGCUGGCCUGGCCGCCCGCCUGGCACGGGCUGGUGGUGGACAAGCACUCGACGGGGGGCGUGGGGGACAAGGUCAGCCUGGCUCUGGCCCCCGCGCUGGCUGCCUGCGGCUGCAAGGUGCCCAUGAUCAGCGGGCGAGGGCUGGGCCACACCGGGGGCACCCUGGACAAGCUGGAGGCCAUUCCCGGCUUCCGUGUCUCCCUGAGCCCUGAGGAGAUGCGCAGCGCCCUGGAGCGGGUGGGCUGUUGCAUCGUGGGGCAGAGCGAGGAGCUGGUACCCGCUGAUCGGGUGCUGUACGGGCUGCGGGACGUCACGGCCACCGUGGACAGCGUGCCCCUCAUCACCGCCUCCAUCCUCAGCAAGAAGGCGGCGGAGCAGCUCUCGGCGCUGGUGCUCGAUGUGAAGUUCGGGAGCGCCGCCCUGUACCCCACGCAGGACAGCGCGCGGGAGCUGGCGCAGAGCCUGGUGGAGGUGGGCACACAGCUGGGCAUCCGCACGGUGGCCGUGCUGUCCCGCAUGGAUCAGCCCCUGGGCCGGGCCGUGGGGAACUCGCUGGAGGUGCUGGAGGCGCUGGAAUGUCUGGACGGGGGCGGCCCCCCCGACCUGCGGCAGCUGGUCACGACCCUCGGCGGGGUGCUGCUGUGGCAGUGCGGGAAGGCGGCGGGGGCCGCGCAGGGCCGGGAGCUCCUGGGCCGGGCGCUGGACGAUGGCUCAGCCCGGAGCAUCUUCGAGGCCAUGCUGGGGGCGCAGGGGGUGCCCCCCGACACCGCCCACAGCCUCUGCAGCGGGACCCCCGCCCAGCGCCGACGGCUCCUCGGAACGGCCAAGGUCUGCGAGGACCUGCCCGCUCUGCAGGAGGGCUGGGUGCAGGAGGUGCGGGCGCUGCCCCUGGCCCAGGUCCUGCACGGGCUGGGCGCGGGGCGGUCGCGGGCCGGGGACCCCGUGGACCUUCUCGUGGGCGCCGAGCUGCUGGUGGGAGCGGGGCAGCACCUGCGGGCAGGCGAGCCGUGGCUGCGGGUGCACCACGAGGGGACCCUCGGCGCGGGGGGGCGGCGGGCGCUGCAGGACGCUCUGCGCCUCGGCCCGGAGCCCCCCCGGGACCCUCCGCCGCUGGUGGCCGAGACCAUCGUGCCCGAGGGGGCCGCCCCGGCCCCCCAAUAG